GGAGGAGCCUCUACUCUCAACAUCAACCACUACGCCACCAAGAAGUCUGCGGCGGAGAGCAUGCUGGACGUGGCUCUGUUCCUGGCCAACGUCACCCACAUGAAGACCGUCAUCGAGCAGGGGGCGGGGUUUAGGUACUACAUAGCCGUCCUCACCCUCAUCUCCUUCUCAUUGGCUCUCCAGAUCGUGGCCGGCGUCCUGUUCAUCAUCAUGGCUCGGAGAGACAUCACAGACACUGCACAGCAGCACAGACUCAACACCUACAACAACACAGCCACCGCCCUGGUCUUCAUCAUCAUCAUCCUCAACAUCUUCAUCACCACCUUUGGCAUGGAACGCACCGGCCUGUUCCCACGGAUACACCCUCACGGACACUACUAACCGACAGCAGCACCUAGCCCCACCCCUCCCAGCUGCGGUGUGUUGUGAUAUCUAACAGACCUCAACUGGGAGGGGGGGGGGAUUUACUCAAAUUCCUACAAAUACUUCAGUUUGAGUGAGCUUAUGCAGACUGAAAUCAAGAGCGUGCGUGAAUGUGAAUGUCAUGAAUAACACAGGCUCAAUCAAACCCAGCUGAAUUAUUUGACCUGACCCAGUUGAGGUUCUGACCGCUGCCCACCCCCCCCCCCCCCCACCAUAGAGGAACCAGAGAGGCUGAGACAACCAGACCCUCAGGUCAACCAGCUCCCUGCUCCCGCAUCACUGCCUGCUGCCCCGCAGAGACACACCCCUGCAUCCUCCGCUCCUGCUCUGUUUUGCCUCCUUGUCUCUCUGCCUCUCUGCUCGCAUCCUUUAUGAAUAAAAAAGGAAACCUUGUGAGAGGUGUAGUCCGCUCUGGAGUGUGUCCUGCGUCCCACAGUGACGUGGUGUGUGUGUGUGUGUGUGUGUGUGUGUGUGUGUGUGGGUGCUGCUGCU